AUGAGGGGCGAAGAGGAUGAUGCUCUUUACAGGGAGUUCACGGAGAGUAACCUGUACCCGGACAUGGACUCUGAGCAGAUUGCGCUACAGCGGACGAAGACGAGAGGAACCAUUCUGACGACUCUUACCGAGAGAAUCCACGCGGAGGAGGACGACCUGGAGAAGAACAUCUCCAGGGAAACGGAGAAUGAGCCUCAGAACGAGGAAGGACUGCCGACGAAGGACGAUGGGCUGGAAUUCCAGGGUGUUGACCCUGAGCUGGUGACGUGGUCUGGACCUGAUGAUCCAGAGAACCCGAGGAACUGGAAGUCGUCCAGGAAAUGGAACUCAUGUGCUGUCGCUGCGUGGUACACACUGCUGGGGCCAUUCUCCUCUACGAUGCUCUCACCAGCAGUGUCAUACAUCUCUGAAGACUUUGACAACACAAACAGCGUUCUUUCGUCCCUGAUGGUGUCGAUCUUUAUCCUCGCAUGGGCUCUGUUCUCGCCGCUAAUUGCCCCACUGUCUGAGAUGUACGGGCGUAAGCCUGUGAUGGACAUCUCAAUGUGGGUGCUCAUGUGCUUUAACAUUGGCUGUGCACUGUCUCAGAAUACGGCACAGAUGUGUGUCUUCAGGCUGCUAGCAGGUAUCGGUGCGUGUGCUCCAAUCUCGAUCGGUGCUGGUGUUGUUGGUGAUUUGUUCAACAACGAUGAGCGUGGUAAGGCCAUCUCAAUCUAUUCUCUGGGCCCAACCAUGGGCCCGUGUAUCAGUUCUCUUAUUGCAGGAUUCAUCGUAAACAGUGUAAGUUGGAGAUGGUGUUUUUGGGUCUUGGUCAUCUUUAACGGUGUGAUUGCAGGAUACGGUACUAUCUGUCUCGAAGAGACGUAUGCUCCACAGCUGUUGAAGAACAAGGCAAAGAAGCUGAGAAAACUCACGGGAAACGAGAACUUGCACUGUAUCUACGAGGUUGCUACAGGGGAGACCAUCCUUGGUAAAUUCGAGGCUAAUUUGACUAGACCAGUGGUGAUGUUGUUAACGCAUCCUAUGGUUUUCGGUUUGGGAACCUUCAUGGCAAUUGCCUAUGGAUGUCUAUAUAUACUUAUCGUGACAUUCCCAGAGAACUGGGGUGGCCGUUAUGGGUUCAGCUCGGGUAUUGUCGGUUUGAUGUACGUGACGAUGAUUAUCGGUUACGGUAUUGGGAUCAUUGUCACUCAACAGUGUGCAGACUACAUAUACCGUAGACUUACAGAGAAGAAUGGUGGGGUAUCCAAGCCUGAGUACCGUAUGCCGUACCUGUUUGUUGCAGCUGUCUGUUGCAGUGGUGGUCUCUUCUGGUAUGGUUGGGGUGCAGAUAAACAUAUGCACUGGCUGUUCCCUGCUGUGGGCUGUGUGAUAUUCGCAUUUGGUGUUAUUCCUGUCUUUUUCUGUAUUCAAAACUACUUGAUCGAUAUGAGUCCUAGAUUUGCAGCAUCUGCCAUUGCAGCUGCGUCCAUUUUCAGAUCCUUCUUUGGAUUCUCGUUCCCACUGUUUGCACCAAUCAUGUUCAGACACAUUGGCUAUGGAUGGGGAAGCUCCAUCUUUUCAUUUCUCAUGCUUGCCACGGGUAUUCCGUUCCCAAUGUUUGUUGCAUUUUACGGUGAAAGACUGAGAAUUUGGGCCAACAAGAGAACAGAGAAACAACAGAUAAAGAGAGACAAGAAAAACCUGGAAAGAUUACAGAGGCAACAGAGGAAACAUGCGGAAGAUUAUGAGAGGUUACACCCCAAGAAAGACAGUAGUUUUAGCACUGAAUAA